UCUGCAGGUGUAGUCCCAACCACCCUAUCUCUUCUGCAAGCUGUUGGUCACCAGUAUUAUCUGAUCAAGACAAGCAUGUCAUGGCCAGUAGCUCAGAAUUACUGCAGAGAAACAUAUGGUGAUUUGGCUACAGUUGAAAGUGAUCUUGACUGGAUUUUGCUAAAGGAAAUACUGGCAAGGGAAAGUCUGACAGACGCUGUCUGGGUUGGCUUGUACAAUGAUGUCAGCUCAUGGCGCUGGUCCUUUAAUGGUGUUUCCCUGAAAAAUACUUUUACCAAUUGGGGCACGGGACAGCCGAAUAAUUUUCAGGGAAAUGAAUCAUGUGGUGAAACUGGACCGGUUGGAGUCUGGUGGGAUUUCAACUGUGAAAGCCUGUAUACAUUUAUAUGCUACAAUGAUGAAGUGAGGGAAAAGCAAUUUAUGAGACUCCAAGUGAAGUCUGGCUCAAGCAUGUUUGGUUCUGAUGUGCAGAAAGCCAUCUUAGAGCUGGUCAAGCAGAAGCUGGGUGAAUAUGGCAUGCUGGAGAGCACCACAGUGACCUGGAGAGUGCAGUCAGAUGGACAGAUUUUUCACAAGAAAAAGCCAUAUCUCUAGAUGCCAUCAGUGUUGUCUCUUGAUAUGUUCUAUAGUUUAUCUCCUGUUGGUUAGCUUCUUAUACAAUUGGAUAUUUAAUUUCAAACUGUCACUUUUUAUCAUCCUGUUAUAUUCUGAAUCUUUAUAAAAAUACAACAAAUUAUACAUAUAAAGAGCAACAACAAUAAAAUGCAAAAAAAUGAAUUAAUUCAUUCACUCAGACAGGAAUACACCCUGAAUGGGACACCAGGGCACCGGAAGGCAUCACACAUACACAGACUCGUGAACUUAUUGAUGGGUAACAUACUGUAGCCAAUUAAUAAAGCAUCUAAUACUUGAUUCUAUCCAAUUCAGAUUAUGAUCAUGAUUACCACUUUAUUAGGAACACCUCUAUAUCUUCUAAUGUAUUGGCCAAACCUGUGGCAGCACUGAAAAUAAUGCAGAUAGAGGUCAAGAGCUUCAGUUUUCAGACUCUACAGAGUUUACAGUGAAUGACACACAAAACACACACACACACACACACACACACACACACACACACACACACACACACACACACACACACACACACACACACACA